UAGAGUGACCGAAUUUGACAGAGACCGAGACUUCACCAAGAUGAGAGUGGCUGCUUCCGCCCAGCUGGUUGAGCGCCUGAGGUCACAGACGGAGGCCCUGGAGGGUGACAUCUAUGGCCUUGUCCCGGAGUGUGGCAAGCCCUCAGCGGUGGCCAUGGCCCUCCUGGCGAGGGGGGAGGGCCAGGAGGACAUGGGCCACACCCCCGCACUGCUGCUGCCCCCCCCGAUGACCCGGCUUGGCGUCUUCAAGGUCACUGAGGGAGACGCCACCUGUCCUGAACUAGAGGACGGUGAGGUGUGCGCGGUGUGGGACCAGCGAGCGGUGGUGUGGUACAGUGGUGGCGGCGGUGGUGUGGAGGUGGAGGUGGAGGUGUUUGGGGCCACACAGGUGCACGCACUGUUUGGCGUGGCCAAGGUUGCCUUCACCCUGGAGCUGUGGUGCCGCCACGCCGCCAGGGACUCCACCCCAUCCCCCUCCCCCUCCCCCACCCCGGGCCCCGCCACCCACGCCACCCGAGGUAAUGCUGCGGCGCUGUGUGAGGAGCUGGACACAGCGGCGGCCUGCUUCAGGCUGCGCGGCGGCCGCCUCAUGCUGCACAGCGGCGACGGUGGCGGCGGUGUGCUGUGCGGCGGUGAGGCGGGGGUGGGGGCUGGAGACACAGCGGGCGGCGUGUUUUUCAAGGCUGCGGGGGGCAAGAAGAAGGGCGGUGGCGGUGCUGGUGGUGGUGGCGGCGGCGUGCAACAGGAAGUUGCCUUCCAGCUAGUGUACAACCGCAGUGCCGUGGUGGGUGAGGGCGGUGUGGCGGCGCCGGUGGUGCGGGUGGACAACUGUGAGUCGAGUGUGGUGUGCGCGGCGGUGAGCGGCGAGGCGGUGGCUUACCUGGACAAGAGUGGCGGGGUGGGGCAGCUGGGCGGGCUGCUGGCAGAGGCCGUGGCGGGGCAGGUGCGGCUGGCGGAGCACUGGCUGGCCCUGCAGCGGGGCCGCCCUGAGCUGCGCGGCCCUCUCACCGCCCUGGCCACGCUGCCCCAGGCGGCGGGCCACCUCCUGGCCCUGGUGUACCCUGCUGGGGUGGAAGAGGAGGCGCUGCGGGGGUACCGGGCGGCAGUGCACCGCGCCCUGGUGUUCCCCAGGGACCGCCCCAUGGUGCGCCGCGCCAACGCCCUCACCCCGGCCCCCGGCACCCGCCCCUCCGCCCUGGUGUGCCCCCACGCCGCCCUGGCCCCCCCGGGUGUGGGUGGGCGGGUGAGUGUGGUGCAGGGGGGGUACGCCUACUACCACUACCAGCAGGGCAAGAUGGACGACAAGGGGUGGGGGUGCGCGUACCGCUCCCUGCAGACCAUUGUGUCGUGGUACCAGCUGCAGGGGUACACGGCGCGCCCCGUGCCCUCACACCGCGCCAUCCAGCAGUGCCUGGUGGACAUCGGGGACAAGCCUGUGGACAUGGUGGGGUCGCGGCGGUGGAUCGGCAGCACGGAGGUUGGCUUCGUGCUGGAGACACUGUUCGGCGUGCACUCUCGCUUCCUGUGUGUGUCCAGCGGCGCAGAGCUGGCGGGCCGCGCCGCUGACCUGGCGCACCACUUCGACACCCAGGGCACCCCCAUCAUGGUGGGCGGCGGCGUGCUGGCCCACACACUGCUGGGCGUGGCGUGGGACGAGGCCACGCAGCACGCCACGGCCUUCCUGGUGCUGGACCCGCACUACACUGGCCCAGACGACACCCAGACAGUGACGGCCAAGGGCGGCGUGGCCUGGAAACAGCCUGACUUCUGGAAGACUGACGCCUUCUACAACCUGUGCAUGCCGCAGACACAACCCUGUAUAUAGGCCUAUGUAGACACAACCCUGUAUAUAGGCCUAUGCUCCUGUCUGUGUGUGUGUGUGUGUGUGUGUGUGUGUGUGUGUGUGUAAGAUUUGUUUACCAUAUAAUCUAUCUCUGUACUGAGUAUGUGUGUGUGUGUGUGUGUGUGUGUGUGUGUGUACUCUGAUACAUUCCAGCCUUGCAGUAUUGAGUGAGCGAAGUGUUCUGUGGCUGGAAGGUGUGUUGCUGUGUGGUGUGUGCGGUGACCACCACCACCACCACCACCACCACACACCAACACACACCAACAUUCAAUAAAAUAGAAACCAAA